AUGUCUUCACUCGAUACCUCACACGAUGAUAUCCAUCACGACAAACCAUACGUACAACACGUCGCCGGUGGACCCGAUCUCUCCCGUCAAAUAACUCUCCAAUUAAACACCGAUCAAUACGAACGACUAUUCUUCCAACCCUCAUCCGCCAAAGGCGAUCUUGUCAAACGACUCGGAAACCCCACGCUCCUCGGGCUCCUCGGCUUCCUCGUCCCCUUCUCCUCCACCGUCUUCUCGCUCCUCACCUUCCAAGGCUCCUCCACCUCCUCCCUCGUCUCCGUCAGCGGAACCUUCUACAUGUUCGGCGGCAUCGCCAUGAUCAUCGCCGGCAUCUGCGAAUUCGUCCUCGGCAACUCCUUCCCCUUUUCCGUCUUCAUAAUCUUCGGCGUGCACUGGGUCUACAACGGAUACCUCAACGAUCCUCUCCACGGCAUCGCCGCCUCCUACGCCACAACCGUCAACGGCGUCGCGGUUCCCGGUGCCCUGAGCCAGGAAUACAAUGCCGGCCAGGGAAAUUACGCCGUCGUCAUGGCACUCGUCUGUUUCGUCUUCCUCUGCGCCAGUCUGAGAACUAACGUCCCGUUUGUAAUCGUAUUCUUCACGUUGAUAUUCGUCUUUGGCUUUUUCGCUGGCGGUUACUACCAAUUGGGAUACAAUCCUUCCAAAGCCGGCUUGGAGAAUGCAACGCACAUGUUUAAGAUUGCGGGUGGAUUUGGAUUCGUGACUAUAAUAAUGGGAUGGUAUCUGGCCGUCAUCACAUCGUGUGCUUCGACGGGCGUACCAUGCCCAUUACCGAUCUUCGAUUUGAGUUCCAAGGUCUUUUUCCGCAAUAGGGAAGCGGCAAAGACGGAACAUGCGGGUGCUGUCAGAACUGAUAUGGUUUAG